UCAACUUUUAAUCUGCCCCGAACAAUACAUCUAUCUCCCUUUCCCCCUCGUAACGUUCUGAUCCUUUUUCCGCUGAUCGAAUUAUACUCGUUGCCUCCCCAAACCUUGUUCACGGUGUGGUCCCACUUCUGACGACGACGCCUGCCUUGCCCAUUUCUUGGUAAUCUUGGACUUGGGAGAGGUGUUGAAGUUGGAUCCCUCGUGACUUCAUACUCCUUUCACCGAGUCAUCAUCCCCUUGGCUUUUCUUACACCUUUGUUUUGCCGUCCACGUCUAUUCUACUUACUUCAACUUUCUCAACCCUGUUAUAUCUGCAACUACAGCUACGUACAACGACAAAAUUUCGAGAGCUCCAACCUCUACCACGAGCUCUAACCUCUUACCUCUACCAUCGCAUACACAUAUACAUGAUGAGGCCUUCCCCGUACCUCUUCCCUCGACUCACACCUCUCUUUCGCCACGCUCCAGCCUACCCACCUGUCAUCGUCCACACGACUUCUGCAGUUACACCUACGCACACUGCGAGUGAGACGGACCAAGCUACAGGGUCGUGGUGGGUCACCCAUAUUCAUCAAAACACACUUCCUACCCUCCAAUCCGAGCCUACGACAGCUUCUCUUAAUCGAGACACUUCCCCACCACCUCCGCCUUCAGAGUACGAAACCGAAAUCCAGACAGGCCCGAGGAAGUCUCAUCUUCCUCCACCCACCAUUGCUUGGUACGACUAUCUCACUAUGGUCUGAGUGAUUCCUGUCAUUACACUACGGUUUACCAGCAACUUGUAUAUUUCACCGCUCAACCUCACAUGACUCACAACCCAAGACACUGGAAAAGACAAAAUCAAGACGGUCGCGCUAGCGACAUUUCCAUCUCGAGCUCCGAGAAGGACAAUCAUUCAAGUUAUACAAAUCUAUCUUAUCCCCCAUAGUAAUUUCAUGAGCAUAAUUUAAUAACAAUACUACCUUUUACUGUUCCUUGUAAAUAUAAAUAAAAUA